AAGAAAAUUCAACGCUAAGACUCACACCCCACACUAAUAUCCUAUCACAUGUAUGCUUUUCAUCAUUCCAUUGACCGUAAAUAUAUUUGAUCUUUCUUCUUUUCGCAUUUCAUUCUUGUAUGUGUUUUCUACACUAAAAAGAUUGAAUAUUGUAAGUUACUAAGUUGUAUCAUUUUGGUAAAUAAUCAGUAAUAUUAGUAUAAAUAUAAUAUUAAAUUGGUUAUUAUCAUAUUCAGAUUUGUAGUUUAAUUUUGUUCCUACAGCAAGUAUUGAAAUCUUGAUUAAAAGUUGUGUGAAAAGUUUAUGAAUUCUUUAAUUACUAAUUAUAGAGGGCUCCAUCUACUCUAUCUCCAGGAAUAAAUCAUCCUUCCUUGAUUGAAUAUAAGGUAAGACCUUUUGAUACCGUUACGAUACCCUGAUCAAUCAUGUUUCCCGAUUGUGGAAAUGGAAAAGGGUCUGAAGAAGCAACCUCCACAGCUGGAUUGUCACAAAGAUGUUGCCAAGUCAAGUAUGAUGAAAUUCUGUUAGCAACGUAUAACUUUGACGAGUCUUUAGUAGUUGGGAAAGGGGGUUUUGGAAAAGUAUACAAAGGCAAGAUUAGCAUAGGAACAGCCCAUGUUGAUGUUGCAAUCAAGAGGUUGGAUUUGAUGUCAAAUCAAGGGGCGACGGAGUUCUGGGCAGAAGUUGAAAUGCUUUCCAAGCUGCGUCAUGUUCAUUUGGUGUCUUUAAUUGGUUACUGUAAUUACGAAAAAGAAAUGAUCCUUGUUUAUGAAUACAUGCCUCACGGAACACUUGAAGAUCAUCUACAUGAACUCCAUACCCCUCUUUCUUGGAUCGAUAGACUCAAGAUUUGCAUAGGUGCGGCCCGUGGCUUAGACUACCUUCACACUGGUACAGGUAUUGAGGUUGGUGUUAUACAUAGAGAUGUCAAGACCUCAAAUAUUUUGUUACAUGAAAGUUGGGCAGCCAAAAUUUCGGAUUUUGGGUUGGCUAGAGUAGGUCCAACGAAUCAACCAUCAACUUAUGUCAAUACAUCUGUUAAAGGCAGUUUUGGGUAUAUUGACCCAAACUAUUUUGCCACCGGAAAGUUGACGAGGAAGUCUGAUGUGUAUGCUUUUGGGGUGGUAUUGUUUGAAGUAUUGUGUCAAAAACGACCACUGGAUGAGAGUUUUGAAUGUGGCUUAGCCACAUGGGUAAAAGAAUCAAUUAAAGAAGGGAGCUUAAAGCAGAUAGUUUAUUCGGGUAUACGAAAUGAGAUACCUCCAAAAUGUUUAAAAGAAUUUGCUCGGAUAGGUGAAAGAUGCUUGGAUAGUCAUCCAAAUCAGCGUCCUACCAUGUCAGAGGUUGUCUUUAGUCUUGAAUCUUUACUGGCUCAAUCUGUAUCGUCCUCGCAACAGAAAACCAGUAAUUCACUGCAAACUCCAGGCAAUCAUUUGUCGUUGAAGGCUCUAAGGGCUGUCACUCGCAAACGUUUAAAAAAUGGGAAUGUAUCAGAGCCCAUGAGUUUUAGUGCGAAAGAGAAGUUUGGCCUUUUGGGAGAACGACAACGUGCUUUUGGAUAUGGAAAAUAAUCUAAAGAUGUAUAUAAAACUGAUGUAAUUACAUGAGGAAUGUUGAAGACAAUCACGAUCAAAAGGAUCAUACAUCCUUCCGGAGACACGGCUUAGCACAAUGUAGUGGAGUUGGAAAUUUCAUUUGAUGAUCCAAAUAUAAGGCCUGUUUCUUUUUAUAGUGAAUAUCUUCUUCUUUUUUCUUUUUUUUUUUUUUUUAAAAAAAAUUUAGUUGUAAUUAGCAGGUAGCUUAUUCUCUAGCCAUUUUUAGAAAUGAUAUACAAAUCAUGCCUGUAAUGGGUGUUAAUAGUUAAUAGUUAGUACUUUUUGCAUGAUAUAUAUCGUUUCACAUGUGACAUAUUGUUAUGGAAACUAAUCAAAUAUGCC